UGAACCGACAGCAAAUGUUCUAAAACAGACAAAAAAGGAACCUAUUUGUAGUUUAUUGGAGCACACCGCCUGACAAUAUCCUAGGCUUAUUUCUGUCUGAAAUAUAUAACAAACAACUCAUAGCCUUUGCGACUGGCGGAAGUUUGGAAACUGAUUACAAGCUCAGCGUAGAGUACUAUAAAGAACCCUUUAAGGUACGUUGAAAUAAUGACAUUAUAGCUCGCUCUGUUAAGAGUAGUUCUUGGAUUUAAACGUGGAAACAAAGAAAAAGAAUCAGACGCAGCUAUCAGUAAAAUUAAUUGCAGAGGGUCUGGGGCAAUUAUUAAUUUCAAGAAGCGACUGAUAGCUCCAAAGAAUUGGUAAGGCUGAUUGCACGUGAACAUAUUUCCAAAUCUAAACACAGGAAGGUGAUCCUCGAGAUUAUUAUUAUGCCCAAGCAACUUGAUGGUUCCUAUUCGAAUGUCUUGAAAAUUUCAAUGCUCCUCUUCAUGCGUUGCAGUGAAAUAUGAUUUGUAGCAUUCGCUAUUCCGGUUGCAUUCUGAGAAAGGACAUAGAGCAGGCACGAUACGACAAUACAAACAUGAGUCAUACUUGAUACGUAAUUCAGAUAUGGUUAUUAAAGGUGUUCGCAACAUCUAAUUUCAAGUAAAAUUGAACCUUGAAGAGCUUUCUUUUACUCUCCAGUGUACUUUCGUACAUUUACAUGCUUGCAGUUGCCAGGCAGCUGCCGAAAGUCAACUAUCAUUGUUGCCGCUAGCACGCGCUGUCAGUCUUGACCUCUCAGGUAUGAAUGACGACGGCGUCUAAUUGAGAACCGCCAAACUUUACGUCUGAUUUAAGCCGGCACAAUAUUAGAUUCCCGAACUUAAUAAACAAUUGAGUCAAUUAAUCAGUUCACCGGGACGCAGUAGCGUUGGUAUUCAACCGUGUAAUACGAGAUUUGUUGUUAAAUAAAUGUAUUAAAGCGAGGCCUCCAUUACACAACAAAGCCCUCUCUUAUCAACUUGUAGUUUAUUGUCAACGCAAGUAUGCAAUAUUGCGAUAUCAGUUAUUGCUGUAGACAAUCUAAUAUGCAAAUCUGCGGUGAACUCAGUUCCAUAAAUAAAGUAUCAAUGUUUUGUUUUACAACAGGGAAAACUUAGACGCAUCGGAACAUGAAGAUGAAAACUCUUAUAAUUUACGUUUUGGCCACACUUUUGACAACAGAAAUGAUACAAUUCCCGAACACAGCACAUGCUGCCCCGAGUCAACGAAAUUUCAAGAGCGAAGAUGGUAAGAUGAUGCAUCAUUUGUAAUAUUGAGCAACGUCUAGCCUUCCUAAUUUACUCGGUAGGAAAUUUUGCUUUCUUUUAAUGCCAUUUUGGUGUUGAGGAUUUACAUACUUACUAUACUCCUUACAAGUGAAUCGUCAAGGGUAUCACUGAACUAUGAGUACGUGAGAAGCCUGCAGUUUUAAUUCAUCAUAGUUCUUUUAGCACCGCAGAUAUUCUUCAAAGAUAUCGAGUAAACUAAAUAGCACAUUAGAACAACUUUUUCAGUGAGAAUAACCAGCAAAAAAUAAAACGACCAUCAUAUAUUUGCUGCGGUUUUAAGCCUUCAUGACUAAAAGUCGAGACAUCUCAAUUUGUUCCACACAUCACUCAUCAGUCUCGAUAGUUUUGUUAUGCACUGGAGUUCUUGUUUUUUUUUGUUUUGUUUUUUUUAAGCCACUAAUUGAUGUAGUACCUCAUCAUAUCACGCCAUUCGCGUAUGGUUUUCUUUCGGAAGUACUUCUAGCGUGUUGAACAACUCCGCUGUCAAAUUUAGUAGUGAGAUCAAUUUUAAUCUGUCACCCCCGUAAACCACUUAGUUUCUGAUGGAUUUGUGUGGAAUCUGACUCCAAACUUCCGAAAGAUAGCCCAUGGUCAUUGGUAACUUGUGUGUCUUCUCGACAUUGAUUGCGGUGACCUUUCAACACACGCAUUCACUUUGAAGGAUGUCAGUCUCAGCUGUAUACAACUAGAACUUCCUAUUGCCUAAAAUUUUACUGCUCGAUACAACCGUAUAAUAACAGUGGGCAAUAUCGGCAUUUUCAAGAGACAUGUUUAUAUCGGACAUUUGUUCUGACAUGACUAAUUUGUCUUACGCAAGAUAUUACUUUUCAAUUUGAUCAGCAGAGGGUACUGAUUAAAUUCAGAAACCGUAUCUUCCAUUGUUCACCUCGAAAAACAAAAAAGCAAGAUCCGAAGAGAAAUUGAUGAAGGAGUUUACAACAACGAUGAGUUACAAAUAUAAAAAAAAAUUAAAAGAUAAACAUUCUUAAAAGGAGUGAGAGAAUCAACACGCAAAAAAAACAUAAGAUUCUUCUGAAGAGGGACGAAACGCAUCGUGGCAUACACAAGGCACGUGCGUUUUCCGCGUUUGACGCCGCUGGCGGAAAGUCAACGCUAUAAUUCUGAUUGUUUUAUUGACUCCAGCUGCGUCUGCUCAUAUUUCAUGAACCAAAUUGAAAAAGACAUCAAAAGUCAGGGACAGAUUUUGAGGGACAUGAAGUCAAUUUUUUAGCGCAACAUAAGCGAGUAUUUGCUUCGCCGCCUCACCGACCUCAGACAAUUCACCGGUGAAAUACUAAACACUGUUUUUUUUUUUUCUCACUACUCAGAGAUAAUAGAAGGUGACAUAUUAGUGACCGAACCUCUCCGACGUGCCAUGAAGGCGGGCAACUCAAGGACCAGACGUGACAUUGUUAGCAACAAGAUCAAAAGAUGGCCGGAUGGCGUAGUGCCAUACAAAUUAGAUUCUAGCCUAAGUAAGUGUCUUUGUGUCAUGCUGCGUCAGAUAGCGGCAGUCAACCACGAAGACUGAGUGGCCGCGCCUCCGAAGAGUCGGCCUAAUAGUCGAGGUUGUCCUAAUUUCCUUUAACCUGCUUUUUUUCAGGUAAAGAAGCUAUCAAGGCAAUUAAGGUAGCUAUACGUGAGUUCCACAGAAGGACUUGUGUAAAAUUCGUCCUUCACACCAACGAACAGGACUAUCUGGAAUUCCAAGGAAGUUACGGGUUAGACACAUUUCUACAGACUUCUUGAGGCAAAUAAUUGCAAAAUCAAAGUUUCCCAACUGACAUAAUUCUGGGCUAUGACUCAAAGCUACAAGUCGAACCCAGACCCCUUGAUACGAAAUCGCAGAGCGUUUUCCCUUGAGCUAAUUCGUACAAUUUCUCCACGUUUUAGCUGCUUCUCAGCCAUUGGCCGUCAGGGUGGAAAGCAGCGACUCUCUGUCGGUGAAGGAUGCGAAUAUAAGGGAACAGUCCUGCACGAGAUCAUGCAUGCUCUGGGAUUCUUUCACGAACACUCUCGUACUGACAGGGACGACUAUAUCAUGGUUCUAUGAUGGAACAUUGAGCCAG